AUCCACUUUUCUGUACUUGUGUACUUCCACUUGCUCACUACGCGUGCCAACCUGAACUGCAUCCAAGUUCAAGUUGUACUCGCCAGGGCCGAACGCCAUCGAGGACAAGUAUUCCCAUCCGAACUUGGAGGAAAAUGGCGAGUGACGAGAACAAAGCUUCUGUAUCUUCUUCCGAUACUAGUCCGCCGACUUCGACACGGGCUACUGGGCUAUUUUCGUACGCCCAGCCUGCCGCCCAAUCGAAGAUACCCGCUCUCACAACUUCAGUUCUGUUCGCAGCAUCAGCUCUCGUUCCACCUGCGGCCCUGGGACAAAACGUGUAUCUUCCUCCAUAUCUCCACCGUGUCGGGUUUUCGUUUAUUUUCGGUGGUGUUGCAUACGUCUUUUCAACUGGAGAUCAUAGGAACGGUAGUGGAAUUGCUACGGCAUGGUCGUUGACCUAUCUUUUCCUUCAUCUGAGGAAGUCGCUCAAAACCCCACGACAUCCACUUACGCUUGCCAUGGCAGGUGGAGCUGCAGGAUGUGCUGCCCUUUAUGGCACUGAAUACUUUGUAUACGAGGAUUGAUACCAUCCCCCUUUCCCCAGCUUUUUGGCAAAUUUAUACCCCCGUCAUCAUGAACAGUGGACCUGCAAGUAUUCGUGAGUUCUCAAACUUGUGCCC